UGCUAGCCUGCUGGCCGAUUGACAAUCUUUGCAUCUGCCUCUCGAAACUUUUUCCUGCCAGAAUCACUCAGCAAACCGUCAGAAAGGGGGCAUCACUUGUGGUCCAAGCCUCAGAAGGAGCACAUCGAGGAAGGAGGAGAGAAGAGGGGGACAGGGAGAGAGAAGAAGAACCGAGGCUUCCCCACUUAGUAACACAGGCACAUCAUCAGGCACACUGUCGCCAACUUCGGCCACCGGCUAUGGCUACUUAACUUGGAAUCGUGUCCUUUAUUGUUUGCACUCUGUGGGGAUAGUGCAAGACUCUUCAUAAAUAAAAAAAGAAAGCAACAAAAACACAGACACAUUAAUCAAAAGUGCAAUGGACCCUGCAAUGGACCCUGUGAUCAUGGAUAUCCACACACGGUGGAAAAAGAAAAGUUGGAUAUGGAGUGCUUUUGUGGUCCUUGUUCUCUUUCUAUUACCGUCUAGCAGUGCAGUUGAGUCUGCAGAUCUUUUGAAGAUAUUAGAGUUUCCAAGUUUCCCAGAAGGUGUAAUGAAAACAGUGGGAUUUUGCACAAAGAGAAGAUCUUCUAAAGGACCAGAUGUUGCUUACAGAGUUUCUAAAGAAGCCCAGCUUAGUGCCCCAACAAAGCAGCUGUAUCCAGACACCCCAUUUCCAGAGGACUUCUCCAUUUUGGCGACUGUAAAAGCAAACAAAGGGAAUCAGGCCUUCUUGCUGUCCAUUUACAAUGAGCAAGGUAUCCAACAGAUUGGUAUGGAGAUUGGCAGGUCUCCUGUCCUACUGUAUGAAGAUCAUACCGGUAAACCAGGGCCUGAGGAAUAUCCUCUUUUCAGGACAGUCAACAUAGCUGAUGGCAAAUGGCACAGAGUUGCAAUUAGUAUUCAAAAGAAAACUGCCACCAUGAUUGUAGACUGCAAAAAGAAGGUGACUAAACCCUUGCCCCGGAAUGAGCACCCCAUCAUAGACACAGAUGGCAUCAUUGUGUUUGGAACAAGAAUACUGGAUGAGGAGGUGUUUGAGGGGGAUAUUCAGCAGCUGAUGAUUGUUCCUGACGCCAAGGCAGCUUAUGAGUAUUGUGAGCAUUACAGUCCAGACUGCGACACUCCAACUCCUGAUAUGCCUCAAUCACAAGACCCCAACCAAGAUGCUUACCCUGAUCAAGAUCAGUACGGAGAGAAGGAAGACGACUACUACUAUGAGUACCCGUACUAUGAAGUAAUAGAUGAAACACCUGCAAAACCCACUGAAACCAAGCUUGAGGACAUUGUCGAAGUUACAGAAACUGUUCCGGACUACACAGAGGAAUUAACAACAGCAUCCCCAGAGCCAGCAGUCCCAGUAGAAGCCUUAGAGGAGAAAGAGACAGUAGUAGAAACAACAGGUGAUGUGGCAGGAACAGAAAAACCUGAGGAAGAAGAAAAACCUGGAACUCAGCACCCUACAAUGGAAGACUUCAUCGAUGAAAGUUAUCCUGUAGGAGGAUCAGAAGAUUUAUAUGGAAAUUAUGAUGAUCUCUAUGAGGACAAAGAUUCUGAAUUAUAUCCUCCCACCACCAGUACAGUUAUUGUCUCACUCAACACAACAAAGGUUGACAUUGCUUUAAGAAAUCACAGUAUUGAGGAUGAUGACUAUGACAAGCUGUUUAAGGAAGAGCUCCUGAAAGAAAUUGACCCAGGAAGUGAAGAUUAUACCAUUGAUGACUAUGAUGAUGAAAACAGACGAACUCAGGGACCAAACCUGCCAGCUGAGGUGCCUCUAGACUAUGAAGGGUUUAGUGGCCUGAAAGGAGAAAAGGGGCAGAAGGGAGAACCAGCCAUCAUUGAGCCUGGCAUGCUUAUAGAAGGCCCACCAGGUCCAGAAGGUCCAGCUGGUCCAUCUGGUCCCCCUGGCACUUCUGGUCCUCCAGGUCAAGUUGGUGACCCUGGUGAAAGGGGUCUACCUGGAAGACCAGGAUUGCCUGGAACUGAUGGUGUACCAGGACCUCCAGGAACCGCUUUAAUGCUGCCUUUCCGUUUCACUGGCGGAGGAAGUGCUGGAGAAAAGGGACCAAUGUUUUCUGCUCAGGAGGCCCAGGCACAAGCCAUUUUACAGCAGGCCCGACUUGCUUUGCGAGGUCCAACUGGUCCCAUGGGCCUUACAGGCAGAUCUGGUCCUGUGGGUCUUCCAGGACCUCCAGGAUUGAAAGGUGAAAUGGGUGAUAUAGGCGGUCAGGGUCCACGUGGUCCUCAGGGUGCAAUAGGUCCACCAGGAAAAUCAGGAAGGAGGGGUCGAGCUGGUAGUGAUGGUGCCAGAGGAAUGCCAGGACAAACAGGACCAAAGGGUGACAGGGGAUUUGAUGGCUUGGCUGGACUACCUGGUGAAAAAGGAAACAGAGGUGAUUCUGGUCCACAUGGUCCUCCAGGUCCCGCAGGAGAAGAUGGAGAAAGGGGUGAUGAUGGAGAAAUUGGCCCACGUGGCUUGCCUGGAGAACCUGGUCCUCGUGGAUUGCUUGGGCCCAAAGGUCCACCUGGACCUCCUGGACCUGGUGGUGUUGCUGGCAUGGAUGGCCCACCUGGUCCUAAGGGUAAUGUGGGUCCCCAAGGAGAACCUGGUGCCCCCGGACAGCAAGGAACUCCAGGUGCACAGGGACUUCCAGGACCUCAAGGUGCAAUAGGUCCUCCUGGUAGUAAAGGCCCUGUGGGUAAACCUGGUCUUCCUGGAAUUCCUGGAGCAGAUGGUCCACCUGGUCAUCCUGGUAAGGAGGGUCCUUCAGGAGAGAAAGGUAAUCCAGGUCCUGUUGGUUCUCAGGGUCCAAUUGGAUACCCAGGUCCUCGAGGAGUCAAGGGAGCUGAUGGUGUUCGAGGCCUGAAGGGCACAAAAGGUGAAAAGGGUGAAGAUGGCUUUCCAGGAUUUAAAGGAGAUAUGGGUCUGAAGGGAGACCGAGGAGAAUUAGGCCCAUCUGGCCCUAGAGGAGAAGAUGGUCCUGAAGGUCCAAAAGGUCGAAGUGGGCUUCGUGGUGAUCCAGGUCCAAUUGGUCCAGCUGGAGUUAAGGGUAUACUAGGUAUUCCUGGCUUACCAGGAUAUCCAGGCAGACAAGGUCCAAAGGGCUCCAAUGGAUUCUCAGGAUUUGCUGGAUCAAAUGGAGAAAAAGGAGCAAGAGGUACACCUGGUCGACCUGGUCCAAGAGGUCAGCGUGGUCCUACGGGUCCCCGUGGUGAAAGAGGUCCUAGAGGAGCUACUGGCAAGGCCGGUCCAAAGGGUACAGCAGGUGGAGAUGGGCCUCCUGGUCCCCCAGGUGAGAGGGGGCCACCAGGAUCACAGGGACCAACUGGAUUUCCAGGACCAAAAGGCCCUCCAGGACCUCCUGGGAAAGACGGACUGCCUGGACACCCUGGACCAAGAGGAGAAACAGGAUUCCAAGGCAAAACAGGACCACCAGGUCCUCCAGGUGUAGUUGGUCCUCAGGGAUUUACAGGUGCAACAGGCCCUAUGGGUGAACGUGGUCAUCCAGGGCCACCUGGGCCUCCAGGUGAUCAAGGACUGCCAGGUGCUGCUGGAAAGGAAGGUUCAAAGGGAGAUCCUGGUCCUGCUGGUCAGCCUGGGAAAGAUGGACCUCCAGGUCUGAGAGGAUUCCCCGGAGAAAGAGGCCUUCCAGGUCCAGUUGGUGCUGUUGGAUUGAAAGGAAAUGAAGGACCAUCUGGUCCUCCUGGCCCUGCUGGUUCUCCAGGUGAAAGAGGUCCUGCUGGCCCAGCGGGACCAACUGGCAUCCAAGGAAGACCUGGACCUCAGGGCCACCCUGGACCUGCUGGUGAAAAGGGUGCACCAGGAGAAAAAGGCCCCCAAGGUCCAGCUGGUAGAGAUGGAGUUCAAGGUCCUGUAGGUCUCCCUGGUCCGGCUGGUACCGCUGGCCCUGCUGGUGAAGAUGGUGAUAAGGGCGAACCUGGUGAUCCUGGUCAGAAAGGAAGCAGAGGUGAUAAAGGUGAACAGGGUCCUCCAGGUCCUUCAGGUCCUCAAGGUCCUGUCGGUCAACCCGGACCUCCUGGUGCUGAUGGUGAGCCAGGUCCCAGAGGACAACAAGGGCUGUUUGGUCAAAAAGGAGAUGAAGGUCCAAGAGGUUUCCCUGGCCCUCCUGGCCCAUUUGGUCUUCAGGGUCUGCCUGGUUCAACAGGUGAAAAGGGAGAAACUGGAGACGUUGGUCAGAUGGGUCCACCUGGCCCUCCUGGUCCAAGAGGCCCAUCGGGACCACCAGGAGCAGAUGGCCCACAAGGCCCACCUGGAGGAAUAGGUAAUCCAGGAGCACCAGGAGAGAAGGGAGAACCUGGAGAAGCGGGUUUGCCUGGUCAGUCUGGUGAAUUGGGUAAAGUGGGUCCAAAAGGUGAACGAGGUGAAAAGGGUGAAGCUGGUCCUCCAGGUUCUCCUGGUCCUGCUGGACCUAAGGGACCUCCUGGCGAUGAUGGUCCUAAAGGAAGUCCGGGUCCUGUUGGCUUGUCUGGUGAACAAGGUCACCCUGGUGAACCUGGUGGUCCUGGUCAAGAUGGACUACCUGGUGAAAAGGGUGAUGAUGGAGAACCUGGACAACCUGGUCCCCCUGGAGCAACUGGAGAAGCAGGUCCCCCUGGUCCCCCUGGAAAACGGGGUCCCCCAGGUCCACAUGGUCAAGAAGGAAGACAAGGAGAGAAGGGAGCAAAGGGAGAAUCAGGUAUGGAAGGACCACCAGGAAAGACUGGCCCAGUAGGUCCACAGGGAUCCCCAGGAAAACCAGGGCCUGAUGGUCUACGAGGUAUCCCUGGACCGGUUGGUGAACAAGGACUCCCAGGUGCUCCAGGUCCACAUGGUCCUCCUGGUCCAAUGGGACCUCCUGGUCUGCCAGGCCUUAAAGGUGACCCUGGUCUCAAAGGAGAAAAGGGUCAUCCAGGAUUAAUCGGUCUUAUUGGACCACCAGGAGAACUUGGUGAGAAGGGUGAAAGAGGCCUUCCAGGUCCUCAAGGAUCCCAGGGACCAAAAGGAGAACAGGGAAUAACUGGAGCUCCUGGUCCACAAGGGCCUAUUGGACCCCCUGGAUUACCAGGCCCACCUGGUCCCAAAGGUGCUAAAGGAUCUUCUGGUCCAUCUGGUCCAAAGGGAGAACAAGGCUUCCCUGGUCCACCUGGUCCACCGGGUCCACCUGGGGAAGUUAUCCAGUCACUGCCACUCACAUCUCCAAAGAAAAAGCGUAGUAUUGAUGCCAGCCAGUUCAUGGAUGAUGCCAAUACAGAUAACUAUAUGGAUUAUGCAGAUGGCAUGGAGGAAAUAUUUGGAUCUCUCAACUCAUUAAAACUUGAAAUUGAACAGAUGAAACAUCCCUUGGGCACAGCAAACAACCCAGCUCGCACGUGUAAAGAUCUGCAUCUCUGCCAUCCAGAAUUUCCUGAUGGGGAAUACUGGAUUGACCCCAACCAAGGCUGUUCUAGAGAUUCCUUCAAAGUUUACUGCAAUCUUACAGUAGGAGGCGAGACUUGUAUUCAUCCUGACAAAAAGUCAGAAGGAACUAAAAUGGCUCGAUGGCCCAAAGAGCAGCCUGGUAUAUGGUAUAGUCGAUACAAGAGAGGGUCACGGCUAUCUUACAUGGAUGCAGAUGGAAAUGCCAUUGGGGUGGUACAGAUGACAUUCUUACGACUGUUAAGUGCUUCUGCUCAUCAGAAUGUAACGUACAACUGCUUUGACUCUGUAGCUUGGCAUGAUGCUAUGAAAGAUAGCUAUGAUAAAGCCAUACGUUUCCUGGGGUCUAAUGAUGAAGAAAUGUCAUAUGACAAUAGUCCAUAUAUCAAAGCCAUUAUAGAUGAGUGUGCGUCAAGAAAAGGUGCUGGAAAAACUAUACUUGAGAUCAACACUCCAAAGGUCGAACAAGUACCUGUAACUGACAUAAUGUUCAAUGACUUUGGGGAAGCAGGACAAAAAUUUGGCUUUGAGAUUGGCCCCAUCUGCUUUGUUGGUUAAAAAUUCCUCCAAGGGUAUAUAAUUUAACAGACAAGAGGAACAAAGGAAGACAGAAAAAGCAGUAAAUUAUGGCGUCACCAAAUGAGCAACCUUGUAACCUCAUUGCACCAUUUUGUCACAUGCAAGUUCUGAAACUGCACAGAGGUGGUUUCUUACCUACAUUCUGAUGUGUUGUGACUGUGCUCUCACGGAAUGAAAACAAAAUUAAAGGGAUAGUUUCUUGUCAGAAAUGAAAUCACAUGACCUAAAUAAGUAAUUUCAGAGGACUCUGAACACCAUUGAAAGAACUAGAAUGGGAGUCAGGGCAGAAAUCCAAUCAUCUUUCUACAGGUCACAUGUAUUUUGGUAAGGCAAUUCAAAUAACUUUUAUUUUUUUCUGUUAGAUGGAAUAUCACAGACAUUCACACAAAAACUCUCCCUAGACUUCUGCAUAGCAAAUAAAAAAUGCAGACAUGAAUGUAAAUUCCUGACUGAUCCCAUUUUUGACAAUAUAUUAAUAACUUCCAUAAAGAGUUUGUGUAUAUCUCUCCCAGUCUGGCAAGAAGUGGUGCUUAUAUUUUUGUAUGUUUGUAAUUAUUUUAACUUGUAUAUUAUUUUUAAAUACAUUAUAUUUUGCUUCAAAACCUGCAUGUGACCUAGUUUGUAAUAAAAUCUUUUACAAUAAAAACAUAAAAAACCUGAAGAACAAGAUAGCAUAUCUGUCUUGUAGGUUCUAGUUUACAUUCCAGGUUAACAUAAACUGUAUAUUGCUCAUUUGAUUUUACAGAUAAUUUGAGGUCUUGUAGACUAUUUGAACUGUACCAUAAAAUAAAUUCUGAGCUCUUUUACAAACUGUC